AUGGCCACGAGUCUUCAAGAGCAUAUUCAAUGCCAGGAAACGUCAACGGAAAAUAACGAAAAUAAAUGUCACCGGAAGAAAGGGCCAAUCUUCUGUGAACCAUGCCAGUAUGAUGAAUCAUUUGAAGAGGCAACAGGAUUUUGUGUGACAUGUUCCGAGUAUUUGUGUCAAACCUGUUGUCGCGAUCACAAACGAAACAAAGUUACAAGAAUACACUCGCUUUUAAAGAAUGAUGAUAUUCCUGCGGAUAUAACUCCGUUUACGACCAUAAAGAAACUAUCGACCUGCAAAAUUCAUCCAAAUAUUGACAUCGCUUACGAAUGCGAAGACCAUGAAGCCUUAGUUUGCGUUUUCUGUUUCACGGAGAGCCAUCGGAAAUGCGAAAAUGUCCAUGAUUUAGGAGAUGUUGUUUCUGCCGAUUGGUAUGUUAACGCCAUAGCUGCACUUCAAGAAAGAAUACAUUUGUUAAUAGCAAAAAAAUAUGAGCAACAGAAGACAAUCGAAGUUGAGCAACAAAAGGUAAAAAUCAACAUUCAAUGUCUGGUAACCGAAUGGAAGGAUCAUAUAACCGGCUUGGGAAAUGACAUUGAAACACAGUUAAGCAAAAUGUCUCUUACCCAGACAACGCAAAUAAUAGAAUCUAUUGAUCGCUGUAAGGCAGUCGAGAAUGAAAUAGAACGGAACAAAACGUUGAUAGAAACACUUAUCAAAUACGGAACUAAGCGACAAAUAGCUGUUGUGUUUAGACGAACAAACCAUGCACACGUUAAUCUGAAAGACCAACUUCAAAUACUUGAAUGUCAGCGUCAACGAAAUUUCUCGCUCAUGAACGUCAACAAACUGGAUAUGCUAACAUCGAUCGCAGACUUACAUUUAGAAGACGAGGGCAAAGAUAGCAUUGACAUCUUGGAACACGCAAGCGAUGAAAUGGAUGAUACUCUAUAUUCGGAAGACAAAAAAAUGGAAAGAAUACUACAGACCAGUUUUGAUGUCUCGAACCCUGUUGGAAAACAAAGGUCAUCAAAACCAUUCUCAGAUAGAGAAAGCGGACAAAAAAUAACUUUGUUUAAGAUAAAAACAGAAACAGACACAAACACUUGUGGUAUUUGUGCCGUUAAAUUAACAGAAUAUGGAGUUCUUGUUGCUGAUCAUCGUAACCAAAAACUUAAGCUCUUCAGUCGACAAUUCGAUUUAAUUUGUGAACACUCGCUUCCCGGUCAGCCGGUAGACAUGUGUUUUGAUGGAACCAGUGCCUAUGUCUGCUAUUCAGACCUGAAGAAAGUGACGAAACACAAAGUAACCGAAAAUGCGAUUUUGAAUGAAUUAGAAUUUCCAACUCGGCUUCAACCAAUCAGUCUGACUGUGUUUGACUCCCGACUGAUGAUUUUGUUUGUAACUAAAGAGAAUUUUGACAGUACGGCAGCUGACAAUGUUCACAUUGAAAUUCGACGGGGAAGCUCCAUAGAUGCUACCAUGUCGUACAAUUCCGACGAUGAAAGUUUUAACUAUGUAGAAGACGCAAAGCAAAUCUCUGUUUUCGGUGAGUCGUCCGUUGUUUUCUCGGAAAACUGGCAGGUGUCCUGCUAUACCGUCGAUAUACAGGCUGGAAAACUAACAGAUCGACAAUGGUUUUACAAGUUGCAUGAUAAUAGCAUUCUCAAAAAAGCGAAAGGGGUCGCGAAAGACAGUGAAGGGAAUAUAUAUAUUUGCGGCGAAAAUUCCAACAACGUUCAUCAGGCGUCGUCUACAAAUCACAGACUCAACCGUGUGAUUAUCCCGCGCUGUGAUCGUCCAGUUUGUAUCGCCGUAGACGAACAGAAAGAUAGACUCAUAAUUGGAUGUCGAAUUGGUGACUAUUUGCAAGCGUACUCAUUUAAAUAG